UAUAUAUUUAUACACAUCCGGCAAUAUAAAAUGGUGUUAACGGAGCCCAAAGGGGCUGUACAUACGAAUCUUAAACCAUUCCACAGAAAUGACGAUGUAACACAUCGACAUGGAAAUAUACCAAAUGAGACAUCUGAAAUACAACACUUGGCUAAAAUGAAAACUGAUAUAGAUGCCGCAAUCCUGAGAAUACAACAAAGUCUACAAAGCAAAACGUUGACACAGCCGGAACUGCAAAAAAUUGUAGAUAUAAAACAAAAUGCAAACAUCAAACUGGAUUCAGCAAAUAACAAACUUAACGACCUUAUAAAAACGGUAAAUGUGAAUACUAACAGAGUUGUGGCAUUGCAAGUGCAAAGAUAUAGAAGGAUAUUCGAUCAGUUAACAGGAGAGUUCGCUCUUGUGACGAAACAAGUUGACCAAAGAUAUCGGAGUUUUACACUUUUCGGGGAUGAUAGACAUGCUGUUCAACCUCCAGAUGUAAGUAGCAGUGUAGGACAAGUUGUUGUAGAAGCUAUAAUGGAUGUUGAGUCAUUAACCGAACAAGCAGUUCUCAAUUUGGGCAUCUUGAAAAGAGGAAAUACUAGAAUGGCAAAGAUAGUAGGAAGGCUUAAUACGAUGGUGCACCAUCAUCUAGUUGAUAUACAUAAAAUACAAAGAAACAUCAAUUACGUGCUUAUAAGAAACCGUACAGUGACGUCAAUCGUACUUGGAUUCUGUCUCUUCUUGGUUAUUUAUAAAUUAAUACUGUCAAAAAUCAUAUAAUCGCACUGAAGGUGCCCUUU